UUAGUUGUUUUAAGUUGUGAUUUUAAGUUGUGUGGUUCGUAGAGUGCGUCAAGGGUGGUCAAGGGGCCAAGUGCAAAAGAUAAAUGACGGUGUGCAAGAGGAAGUCUGGCCAGUGAGAUAAACCGGCGGAACCCAACACAUCCCCUCUGCUUCAAACUCGCGCCAUCAUAACAAAUCAAACGGAUGUGACACCGCGCGAGAAUCCGACCUACCAGAAAUCGACACGCGACACUCCGUCCCGGCAACAACAGCAGCAGGCCACGCAGCAGCGUUUUCCACGCACACAAUUUCCGGAGGGAUAGCGUCCAACGGCCGAUGGUUUAAAUGGACGCUACAUCCAUCAUUACGCAGGUGUCGCGGGAUGACGAGCAGCAGCUGAACAGUAGUUUUCCGAACGAAAAAGUCAACAAUGUAGAUAGGCUAAAACCGCCGAAACGGGGUUUCUUCGAGACGAUAUUCUGCUGCUGGCGGAAUGGGCGAACGAAAAGCAAUCAGAGCGGGACGCCGAUCGAUGGAUCCAUCACGCCACCUCCGAUCCAGGGCCAGCCCCGGUAUCUGCUGCCGCAGGUCCGACCUUCCGAUGUGUACAAGAAGUGCAUGGUGAUAGACUUAGAUGAAACCCUAGUUCAUAGCAGUUUUAAGCCAAUUCCAAACGCGGAUUUCAUAGUGCCAGUCGAGAUCGACGGAACCGUACAUCAGGUGUACGUGCUGAAGCGACCACACGUCGACGAGUUCCUGAAGAAGAUGGGCGAACUGUACGAGUGUGUCCUGUUUACGGCCUCGCUGGCCAAGUACGCCGAUCCGGUGGCCGAUCUGCUCGAUCAGUGGAACGUGUUCCGGGCGCGAUUAUUCCGGGAAUCGUGCGUCUUCCACAUGGGCAACUAUGUGAAAGAUCUCAAUAAGCUAGGGAGAGAUUUACAGAAGAUUGUUAUUGUUGACAAUUCACCUGCUAGUUAUAUAUUUCACCCGGACAACGCAGUGCCAGUGAAGUCAUGGUUCGACGAUGUCAACGAUUCGGAGCUGCUCGAUCUGAUUCCACUGUUCGAGAAGCUAAGCAAGGUGGACUCCGUGUAUACGGUCCUGUGCAACUCGAGCUCACAGUCGCCGCUGCCGACUUCGCUGUCCCAUCACAACCAGCAGGACCUGCAGCAGCACCAGCAACAGCAACAACAGUCACAGCAGCACCAGCAGCAGCAACAUCAGUUACAGUCCAACAACUCGUCCGAUGGCAACAACACGUAACAUUGGCAACAAAUGUUCAUCAAUAUCGUAUGAUUUGCGCACGCCACGUUUCUCAGACGCAAAAACGCGACGGGAAUCGGCUCACAGCCACGCCACAGGAACCGGAACACAUAGGACUACAGCCGCCAAUCGGACGGAGGGAACGGGAUGUUGUAGGGAAACGACAUUUAGCAAAAACGCGGCAAAUAGUAGCAGCAUAGAAGUAAUAGUAUAGCCCGGAGGGGGCUCCUCGGAAUAAGGCGACGGAACGACGGUGUACCCGGCGAUCGUGUACACAUGCAGGGGGGUCGUUUAGUGCGUACGGAACAUUAACACACACGAACACGUACACCCAGAGAGCAAUCAUUGUUAAUUUACAUUGUUAUUCUUUUUUUAUUAUUAAUAAUGAUAAUAAUAUUAUUUGAUAUACUACUACUACUACUACUACUACACCGAAUGAUACACCCCGCGAACAGCAGAUCCGCGUGCGCUAGGUAAUGUUAUUUUAAAAUAUUAUUUUAAAACACACCUUCCCUCUGAAGAGAAGGCGCGCACCCCCGGAACGGCGGAAUCGGCGGCCGUCACUAAGGAAGAAAGUAAUGCUAAUAAUAUUAAUAAUCAUCAUCAUGAUCAAUGAUACACAUAUUGCGUGCGUGUACAAUACUUGCUACAAAACAAUAACGAUCACACGAUCGAUCUGAUCGGCGUGUAUCGUCCCCACGACGGUAGGAUGUGGUGAUC